CGUGGCCGCGCUCAGCGAGGCGCGCACCUCCGCGCCCGACCCCAAACACGCCGACGUACUGCGCCGCGCCAUCCAUAGUGCUGUAGACGUACAAUCGUUCAGAGUACGCGCUCCCCUCGCCCUGUACCAGCAAUUGGUCCUAGAGCCGUACCUGACCCAAGCCCAAGCGGCCCACGCUCGCCUCGCGGCGGACUUACUGCGCGCCGGCGAUAUCUCACACUACAUGCGAGAUGUCUUACAAGGUCUCCAACGUGAAGUAGCCCUGGGGGCCCGUUUUCUCCACUCAUCCUCAACAGAAGCAGUCAGGGGAUGCUACGAGCGAGCGGCCGUGGCGGCGCACCUCCCCGCCCUGCACGCCGAGUGCGCCACCCUCCUCAAACACGCCACGGACGACACCAGGCCCGACAACGCUCAGCACCGCACAGACCUGCGUCGUAUGUACACACUGCUCCGGCCACUAGGAGCGAACGCGCUGCGCCCAUUGGUGGACGCGGCCCACGCCCAGUGUGCCAAAGAUGGGACGGAGUUACUCCAACAUAAGCAUACUAAAGAUGAGGUCAGUUAUACAUCUAUCUCUGUCUAGCACAGACCUGCGUCG